UUCACCAGUCUUCUUCUUCUUCCUCUGAAUCAUCUCUCUCUCUCUCUCUCUCGCUAUACACAAACCUUAAGAAAACGUUAUCAAUGGCUGUUGAAGCUAGACAUAUGAAUCUCUUCGCUUCUCAAUAUAUCACCAACAGAGAAUGUGUGAAACCACAAAUGAACAACGGACAACAAAUCGAAAUCGGCGGCGGUGGUUUUCCGGUAACAAUCGGUGAUCGGAACUUACAAUACAUAGAUCCGAUGAACAGCUUCAACAAAUCAGAAAGCGAGCUAACUCACAACAACUUCAACCAAUCACCAGCGAUUUCAAAACGCCAAAGAGACACAACGUUCGAUUUCUCAACCGCGUCUCAGAAACGCAGAUCAAUCGCGUUUCCAUGUCCGUCGUCGUCUCCGUUAAUCGACGCAGAGCUCGUCUCUCAGAUCCAACAGCAAAACACAGAGAUCGACAACUUCGUCGCGCAUCAAACCGAAACGCUGAGAAUCGAGUUAGAAGCGAGACAGAGAACGCAAACGCGGAUGUUAGCGUCCGCGGUACAAAACGCGAUUUCGAAAACCUUGAAAGCGAAAGACGAAGAGAUCAUAAGAGUAGGGAAACUAAACUGGGUUUUACAAGAACGCGUCAAGAGUCUCUACGUAGAGAAUCAGAUCUGGCGUGAUUUAGCUCAAACCAACGAAGCUACUGCUAACAAUCUCAGAUCAAACCUCGAACAAGUUUUAGCUCAAGUCGAUGAUUUGGAUUCGUUUCGUCGUCCUGUUGAAGACGUCGACGCUACUGCUGAAUCGAGCUGUGGAAGCUGCUGUGACGGAGAGAAUGUAACGGUAACGGAAAAGGUUAACGGAGGUUGUAGACGGUGCGGUGAGUUAACGGCGAGUGUGUUGGUGUUGCCUUGUCGUCAUUUGUGUCUGUGUACGGUUUGUGGAUCGUCGGCGUUGUUACAGACUUGUCCUGUAUGUGAUAUGGUCAUGAAUGCUAGUGUACAUGUUAACAUGUCAUCAUGACCAUUCUUUUAUUUUAGUUUUUUAUUUUAAUUUAA